CACUGCUGGAGGCCGCACGUUCUGUCUAGUAAAAAAAUAAAAAUAAAAAAUAAAAAAAGUGAUGUCGAAAAUUGUGCUCUACGGCAUUGAUUUGAGCCCCCCGGUGCGGGCCUGUCUGCUCACCCUGAAGGCCCUGGAACUGGACUUUGAAUACAAGGAGGUGGAUCUGCUGAAAGGCGAGCACAUGACGGAGGAGUUCCUGAAGAAGAAUCCGCAACACACUGUCCCACUGUUAGAUGAUGAAGGCACUUUGGUCUGGGAUUCUCAUGCGAUUUGCUGCUACUUGGUUGACAAAUAUGCCAAGUCCGAUGAGCUCUAUCCGAAGGAUCUGGUGAAGCGCGCUGCCGUCAAUCAGCGCCUGUUCUUCGAGGCCAGCGUUCUCUUCAUGUCACUGCGCUCCGUCAGUGUGGCCUUCUUCUUUAACAAUGUGACCGUGGUGCCAAAGGAGAAGACCGGCAAUAUCAUUGAGGGCUAUGAUCUGGUGGAGACGUUCCUCGGCGAUAAACCGUACAUUGCGGGCGAUGAGCUAACCAUUGCCGAUUUUUGCUGCGCCGCCACCGUAUCCACGCUGCCCGGCAUUGUUCCCAUUGAUGAGGCCAAGUAUCCGAAGAUCACCGCCUGGUUGCAGCGCAUUGCCGAGCUGCCUUACUACGAGGAGGUCAAUGGUGUGGGCGCGAAAAAGCACAUUGGCAUUAUGAAGAGCUCGUUGACCGAUGUACAAGUUUGAAUUGUUCCCAUAAUUAUAUUUUAUAUUUUCGUAUGCAUUCUAAAUAAACCAAUUAAUAGCCGCAA